AUGCAGCUUCCAUCACACCCGCUCUAUUCUCUUCAGCUCACACCGCGCUUUGAUGCGGAUGGUGCUAGUAGCCUCGCAGUGCUCCUACGGCUGCAGUUACCGUCAUUCAAGGCUCAAGAGCCUGUAUUCAUCUUCAACACCUUUUAUGGCAAUGUAUCUGGGCAUCCAUUCAAGGAGAAAGACAUCAGAUCGACAGAUGAUGAAGGUCCUCUCCAUGUCCGGUUUCAGGAUCUUCCUUCUCAAGGCCGUGACAAGAAGCAGCAUUGGCUUUUUACUCGAAAAACCCGGGGCAACAUUAUACUCCAGUUCGAUGUCUUUCCGCGCAAAGUAGACAUCCGAACACCUCUGGGUGCACGUAUCGAUCUCCGCCGCGAUCAGGGAGGACUGCACGGUUCUGGUAGCUGGUUUUUGCCACAGCUGAUAUCCGAUCAAGUCUUCACCAUCGUUGUAAAGUGGAACGUACCAGCCGACGCACCAGAGUCUACGAGAUGCGUGUGGAGCUAUGGGGAGGGUACCAAGCCACUUGUUCGUGUUGAUCACUCUAGAAUCAUUCGGGACACCGUCUAUAUGGUCGGUCCUGUUCGAAGCUUUCCUGAGGUGUCUCCUGGAGACGAUGGCGCGUUCUCUGCCUGCUACUGGUUUGGCAGUCUUCCCCCCAAUCUCGACCGUCUAAAGGCAUACAAUAACGCCCUAUUCCCGAAGAUGGCGGCUUUUUUCGAGUCGUCGGGUAAACCGUAUCGCAUUUUCUUGCGAAAAUCCAUUAUCGGCUUUGGUGGUACCGGCUUCGAUGCAAGCUACAUGUUGGAAUACGAUGAUAGAAGCAGUGACGUGACAGACGACGCUCUAAUCAAGCUGUUCACGCACGAAAUGGUACAUAGCUUUGCCGCCUUGGACCCAGAAGAGGAUGGGCACGAAAACGAAUGGUUCAUUGAAGGUAUCUUUCAUCUCUUGCGCCUGCAAUGA